AUGAAAAUUUUGGGAACUAAGUCCUUUAGAGGAGGAUCAAGCACGAUCAAAGCAGAACAAUGGCUGCAAAAUUUGGAGAAGAAUUUUGAUGCAACUCAAUGCCCAGAAGACUACAAGAAAGAUGCUGCCGAGAACUACUUGAAGAACGAUGCAAGAGAUUGGUGGACCAGCGUGAAGAAACACUACGGACAUAGGAAUCCAACAUGGACAGAUUUUCGAAGGGAGUUUGAAGCGAAGUAUUUUCCAUCGGAGGCUAGAGAUAGAUUGGAGACCGAGUUCAUGAACUUGGAACAAGGCGAGAAGAGCAUUCGAGAAUUGGAGUCAAAUUUUACUCAACUCCGAAGGUAUGUGUACCAAGGACGAGAAGAUGAAGUGGUUAUGGUUCGUCGCCUUAUGCAAGCACUACUAGCAGACAUCCGGAAUAGACUAAGGUCUGUAACUGACCAGCGAACCGAUGAAUUGGUUGAAAGAGCUGUGAACGUGGAGGAAAUAUUAAAAAGGGAGAAGAAAGCUAUGCGACAAAAACCGUGCGAAGAACAAAGCAAAGAUUAG